CCUUUUUUCACAAAUACCAUAUUUAUCAAGUAGAAGAGAUUGGGGUGUGGGUGUGGGGCGGGGGGUCAGUAUAAAAGAAAGAGAAUAUGUGUGGUUUUCAAAUAAAGUGAGAAAAACUGGAUCUUGAUCUGAACAUAAAAGGUUAAAAAAGGUCACGUCUUCACCUCUUCCUGAUAGUUGUUGAAUCAACCUCUACAAAAACUACUUGCCACCCAUAAAAUUCUUAAACCAUUUCAAACAAUAUUGUGUAUGGGGUUCCAGUAAUACAACCAUACUAUUGUCAUAUUAUAUUAUUAUUAUUAUUUAGUUUGCAGUUUAAGGAUCUUAUUGCACCUUUCCUUCCAUUCUAAUCAUUGAUCAAAUUUGCCUAUAAAGUUACCUACUUUUGCUUCAUUUCAAUUUGGGAUCUUGCAUCAAGACUCUGAGACAGUGAAUCAGGUGUUGUUGGAUUCAAAGUAAAUCAUCAUGUUCAAGAACUCACCGCGUAGAAACCAACAGAGAAAUAAAGGUUUUAAGGUGAAGCAUGCUCUUCAGAUAUGUGUACUUGUUGGUGUUUGUAUCUGGCUGCUUUACCAAGUCCAGCACUCACGUAGCAAGAAAGCAUCUUUUGAACAAAAUGCAAGCGUCUCAGAGAAGGUACAGACUGACAAUGAUGUUAUCAGGUUUGGAAGGAAGGACCUCCAACCUCUAAAGAAGGAAGUAGAUGUUGAUGAUGAGAAGCUGACCAAGGUGACAGAGGAAGACGAGCUUAAGCGUUUUGAUGAUGACGCCAAAGUGGAGGAGCAUGGCCAUGAUCUUGAAAAAUCAGCGGAGGAUAGGGAGCAUAAAGCGGAAUUGGUGGAUGAGGAUAGAGGAACGGAAAAAAUCCAGGAGAAAGAAGUGAGGGGAGAAGGCAAUGCUGAAGCAGAAAGCAAAGAGCGUAGUGAAGAUGGCAAAGGUGAGAGUAAUGAGGAAGCCACUGACACUAAUACCAACAACAGUGAGCAAAGUGGCGAAGAAAGUAAGGACCAGGAGUCGGAAAAGGAAGACAAGGAUUUUAAUGAGAACACUGACAAGGAAAGUGAAAGUGAAGAGAAGGGAACUGAGGGAAAUGUUGACGCAGGAACUGAUUUGAAAGAAGAGAAGGCACAAAGCGAAGAGAAUGGAAGUGAAGAAACUUCUACGAGUAAAAGCAACGAAGUAGUUGAAAAUGAAAGCGAAAAGAAGUCGGUGGAGUUGGAGGAAAGUAAUGAAGGCAAAGUAAAAGAGAAUGACGAGAGCGCAGAAGAGAAGAAUGAUGAAGCCAGUAAAGAGAAGGAAGAUAACCUAAGCAAAAAUGAAGAAUCUGCCUCUUCAGAAGACAAGGUUCACGAUGAAAUUGAUAUGACUAAUGAGGCUUCAACAGUAGAAAAAAGCAAGGAAGGAAGUUCGUUGGUUAAAGAGACAUCAGAAUCUGAAAACGUGAAAGGGACAGAAGGCGAUGGUAAUGUUGCCUUGAACAAUGAGGAGGAAUCCAAGAAGGGAGAAGAUGAGUUGCAAGACAAGAAAAGCAAGAACGACACUAGUGAUGAAAGUCUGAACAAGUUGGAUUCAGAGUCUGGAGAACAUAAGAUGCUUGAACAAAACAGUUCUGCAGAUGCAAAUGCUGCUGGAGAAGUGAGUAAUGGAAGCAACACUGGGGACAGUUUUAAUGCUGCAGAUGGAACCAAUGAAGCCACUAGCCAGCAGACAGAAAGUGGCAAUUCUGCCUCUGAAACCAUUCAAAAUGAAAGCAACAGUAAUAAUAACUCCAAUGCUGCAACUGGAACAAAUGAAGCCAAUGAACAUCAGCAAGAAAAUGAAAGCUCCACCUCUCAUAGCAUACAAAAUGAGAACUCUGGUGAUAACUCAGAUCAUGCAGGAGGAACCAAUGAAGCAAAUGAACAUCAGCAAGGAAAUGAGAAAAACUCUAGUGAUGACUCCAAUGCUGUAGCAGAAAACAGCAAAACCAGUAAGCAGCAGCAGGAACAGGACAGUUCUGCCUCUGGCACCAAACAAAAUGAGAACAACUCAGGUGUAGACUCCAAUCUUGGAGGAGGAACCAAUGAAGCCAACAAACAGCAGCAGGAAAAUGAAAGUUCUGUCACUCAUACCACACAAAAUGAGAACAACUCUGGUGAGGACUCCAAGCUUGCAGGAGGAACCAAUGAUGCCAACAAACAGCAGCAGGAAAAUGACAGUUCUGCCACUCAAACCGCACAAAAUGAGAACAACUCAAUUAAGGAGGCUGUUUCUGUUGGAGAUGGCACGCAGAACGAUCCAAAUGAGCAGCUAUCUGAGAAAAAAGAUUCAAAUUCCUCGGCAGAUGAAGAAUCAAUAACAAGUUCAAAACGCGCUGAAUCUGUUGGAUCAGUUGACCAAAAUGGCAACACUGUAACAGCUGGUGCAACUGAGAAGUCAACUGGAGGUGGGAACGAUCAGAAUGAGACGAACCAGAAAUCUGAUCCAGGCUCUGAGAACAAAAUAAAUCCCUCAAAUGAUAAUGACGAGACAGACGCAGAUCAAAACAAAUCGACUGAUUCUUCCAGUUCAAACAGCAAUCCUGAUGACAGCCAGCAAAACCAAGUCGAGUCGACAGAUUCUGCAAUUCCUAAAGAAGAGACAGAGACUCGUACUGACGUGGGAACAUUGCCACAGACAGGAAAUGAGGGGAACAGUCAGGAAGAAGCUGCAGCAGAGUAAUAUAGAUACCUAGUAGUACUAUUUUUAUGCCAAAGUUUUAUUCACAUUCUUUCUUCUUGUUGCCUUGUUCAAAGUCUAAGGCAGUAAUAUGAUAGUGAGAUAACUUCGGUUGGCUUGCCUGUCGAUGCCGAAGACGAAGAGUCAUCAUGUAACAAAUAUAUAGUUUGAUGUUGCGCACAACUUAGUUUCUUUAUCAUCUCUUAUCACAUAAACGUCUAUCUGCAUGUCUAAUCUUGCAAUAUUCCGUGCAUUAUUAAUGAUAAAAGAUUUCUUCA